UGUCGCUCUGAGCGGGUGUGUGAUUUCAAGCCCAUUCUGCUCACUUGUUUGCGCAGUGUGGGUCUCCUGAAGCGCGACGACAUCACAGAGCUAGGUGGAAUCGGUCGGAACCACUGCGUGUUGAAGACAAAACUGUAUUAACUUAGCCUUAUGGAGAUGGUGUUCAGUAAGCAUAAUUGGUUUUCGUAACGUUAGAAGUAUACGGGGCAACGAGAAAGAUGGACUUAGCCUCCAAGAGUCACACUCCACGGAGUUCUCCGCUCACCAGUAGUUUGACCUCACCGUAGUUGCAGUGGGCGAGAUCCUGGUGGUGGGGUCGUUUCUGGCUGAACAAGUGGCAAUCGGAUGGAUAAACGACUCUACACUUCUCGGGAGAGGAACAAAACAAUGAUCAUGUCGGUUUUACCCUUGAAGAAAUUGAGACGCAACGGCAGAUAUCUUUUUGGAGUGAUCCUGGUCUUGGGGUUUGUCGCAGUCUUCCACGAGUUCGUCGCUGCAAAUACAUGGAGCAACAACCACCCCAAUGCUGCAACAGGAGAACUUAUUGGAGGGAGAGUACCAGAUGGGGGGGCGGCGGCGGGCUGCCCAGAGGGUUCGGAGCAGGAUCUGACCGCACUGCGAUCCCGCUUUACAGCGCAGGCUUGGAAGGCUGAGUACAAAGGACGGGCCAACCUGCACGUCUUUGAGGACUGGUGUGGGAGCUCUGUAGACCAGCUCCGGAAGAACCUGCACUACCCCCUGUACCCCCAUACCAGAACCACGGUCCUCAAGCUGGCUGUCUCGCCCCAGUGGACCAACUAUGGCCUCAGGAUCUUUGGCUACCUGCAUCCUUAUGCUGACGGAGAGUUUGUUUUUGCCGUGAGCUCUCAAGCCAAUUCUGAAUUCUGGCUCAGCGCGGAUGAGUCUCCCCUCGACUGCCGGCUACAAGCAUGGGUGGGCAAGACGGGCUCAGAGUGGACAGCACCCGGGGAGUACAACAAAUUUGCAAGUCAGACAUCACGACCAGUUUGGCUGUCAGCACAGAGGAAGUACUUCUUUGAACUAAUCCAUAAGCAGGGGGACAGGGCUACGGACCAUGUGGCGCUAGCGUGGAAAAUCAACCAGGAAGGUCUGAGGUUCAUGGUGGUCGGCUCCCAGCACAUCUCCCUCUACACCAGCGAGUCGUCGCUGUUCAUGAGCGAAGUGGAUCACAUCCCGCAGACGGCCGCCAGCCACGCGAGAACGCCACUCGACCAGCCUGGCGACCAGCCCGGUUACCGGGCCGACGGCCAGCCCUGCCCCCGGCCCGGUCCGGACAUGCUCAGGGAAGACCCUAGAGACACCUUCUACCGGCGGCAGAUGAUCCCCGCCCGGACCCUUCGCAGCGUGCUGCCCGACUGCUCCUACAGUCCCAGCUACAUCAUCAAAGGCUACGAGCUCCUUCGCUACCAGGGCCUGCAGUUUGUGCACAUGACCUACAUCCACCCCAAUGACUACACGCGCCUCACACACAUGGAGACGGAGAACAGCUGCUUCUACCACGAGAGUGCAGAGUCUCUGAAGUACUUUGGACUGUCGCGGUACCUGAGUCUGGACCGGCCGGGGGGGCGCGAGGACCCGCUCCGUCAGAGAGACUCGCCUCUCCAGCAGAGUGACGACGACCCGGAGGAAGAGGAUUACCGCGCGCCGGCGGGGGGCUGGGGGGACGCCGACGACGGCCUCCACGUGGCGCACGACGAAGACGACGACGACACCGACGCUCAACGGCCCCGCCGCAACCUCUUGUCCCGGGGCGAGGCGGGACGCGGCGUCCACCGACCCGGCGUGGCGCCUCAACCGAGGACCGACAGACCGCCGCCGCGGCAGGAGGUGAGGCCGCGGGACGCCGACAGACGCCCGGAGGUGAACGCAGAUCAGGCGCGCGAUCGGGGGGACGCGUUGCCGAGGGCGAAGGCCCAGCCUGCGGUAACCCACUACCCCCCCCCGGCAGACCCGGUAGUCCGUAAGAGGAAGAGACGACCGGUGAAGGGGGGCGGAGGUGGAAAGCUGCGGGUGCCGACGGGGGUACCGCCGAAGGGCAGCCAGGACGGCCCGGUCCCUCAGCCGGCCGUCGCUGUGGCGCCCCGCCCGGACCUCUCUGCCUCCCGUUCAAAACGUUCCAAAGGCCCCCACCUCCCCGCCCCGCAUAUCAAGCCCUACAGAGACCCCCACCACCACCUCCCCGCCCCCAGUACCAAGCCCUACAGAGACCCCCACCACCACCUCCCCGCCCCCAGUACCAAGCCCUACAGAGACCCCCACCACCACCUCCCCGCCCCCAGUACCAAGCCCUACAGAGACCCCCACCACCACCUCCCCGCCCCCAGUACCAAGCCCUACAGAGACCCCCACCACCACCUCCCCGCCCCCAGUACCAAGCCCUACAGAGACCCCCACCACCACCUCCCCGCCCCCAGUACCAAGCCCUACAGAGACCCCCACCACCACCUCCCCGCCCCCAGUACCAAGCCCUACAGAGACCCCCACCACCACCUCCCCGCCCCCAGUACCAAGCCCUACAGAGACCCCCACCACCACCUCCCCGCCCCCAGUACCAAGCCCUACAGAGACCCCCACCACCACCUCCCCGCCCCCAGUACCAAGCCCUACAGAGACCCCGACGCGAUCAUCUCCGACCCUGCAAUAAAAAACCUCACCAAGAGGGCGGGGACCAACCACACCGACACGUCCACCGUCGUCAGGAGCGCGGAAGCGUUUUGGGACGAGGGGGACGCCCGGGUGAUCCGAGGCGGGACGAGGCGAUCGGGGUGGGACCAGGGGGGCGUCGAGGGGGACACCAGCUACGAGGAGGCGGCGCCGACGCCGCUGGUGUUCGACCCCGAGGUGGUGUGGAGCCAGACCUUCCAGGCGGACCAGCUGGACCUGCAGCUGCUGCGCUCCGAUUGGAUCGACCUGAACUGCAACGUGUCGGGCAACUUGCUGCUGCAGCCCGCCGACGCGCACGCUGUCGUCCGGACCUACGUGGACAAGCUGAACCUCAAGCAUCAGGGGCGUUACACUCUGGUUCGAGUUGUGAACGUGGAGAAGCGCGUGGACCGCGCCCAGGGAAGCCGCUACCUCCUGGAGCUGGAGCUGAAGGACCCCAGUGGCCAGCUGCGCCGCCUGUCACACUACGUCUACAGUCUGAUUCGUUGGAAAAAGCCUCGAUCCAGGAGGUUACCGCCCCUUCGAUCCGUCCCGGAGGUCAUUCUGUGUAACCCGUUUGGUUUUCAGUGGAACCCCACUGCCACUGUCCACUUCAUUGUACCAGUGAAGAACCAGGCCCGCUGGGUCAUCCAGCUCAUCUCCGACAUGGAGGCGUUGUACCGCGUCACCAGAGACCGUGACUUCAGCCUCAUCAUCGUGGACUACGACAGCACAGACAUGGAUGUGAAGAAGGCCCUGGAGGCGGCCUCUCUUCCUCAGUAUGAAUACCUAAAGCUGAGUGGGAACUUCCAGCGUGCAGCUGGGCUGCAGGCUGGAGUUGACCUCAUCACUGACGACCACAGCAUCGUGUUCCUGUGUGACCUCCACAUCUCCUUCCCCAUGGCGAUCCUGGACAGCAUCAGGAAACACUGCGUGGAGGGCUACAUGGCCUUCGCGCCCAUCCUCAUGAGACUCGACUGUGGAGCCACGCCCCAGGAACCCAGAGGCUACUGGGAGGUGAAUGGCUUUGGGCUGCUGAGUGUUUACAAGUCAGAUCUGUUGGCCGCUGGGGGAAUGAACACCAGGGAGUUCACAGACCGCUGGGGAGGCGAGGACUGGGAGCUCCUCGACAGGAUCCUCCAGUCAGGUCUGGAGGUGGAGAGGAUCCACCUCAGGAACUUCUUCCACUACUACCACUCCAAGAGGGGCAUGUGGAACCGCCGCACCAUGUCCAACUCCGGGGCCCCACUGCGCUAGUGGCCCCCAAUACCUUAACGCCUGACGCAACGCACCCGGGGAACGGACCGGGCUCCCCCCCCGGGUGUUUUGAUGGUAAGGGCGUUGGCUCGGACGACACUCUCCUCAGGGUUGAGCUCUGUACCACCGGUGCCCCCCCUGGAUGGCGCACAUUGCUGACCGGGGAGUGCACAACCCUUACGCUCCCAGAACAUUACGCUCCCGGAUCAAAUCCAUCACCAAAUCUGCCUUCUUUCACCUCAAAAACAUUUCCCGACUCCGCCCGACACCGUCCGACUCCGCGGCUGAAACCGUCAUCGCCUCCCGAAUGGCACCAUCGCACCGGAGUCCUGUCCAGAGCUCCACGCAAACCCCUGGAACCCUGAAACACUGGCUCCCCAUCAAAUCCGUUGGUUUGAAAGGCGCAAUAUAAAUUAAAUGUAUUCUUAUUAUAGCUCAGGCCCUACAUGAUGAUGCAACAAUCUGCUUCUGGGUGACUUGAACCGGAUGCUGCACAACUCGUCUGCUAGUUUGUAUUUAUUAUACCGAUCCUACUGAGAUUUUAUUUUUGUGUUUUAUCUUCGAGAUAUAAGGGAGAUAUUGUAAUGUAUAUAAGGAAUUAUUUUACUAUCCAGAGUUUUUAUAUUUCACCAGUAAUGUACUUUCAGAGGAUUUAAUGGGUUUUCAGAAGAUGCCUUUGCAUCAGCACACCAACGGAAACACGAAUCGAUUGAUCUUGGUCUUACUAACUCAAAUAUGUUCACAUCAGUCACGCCUUCCCCACAAAUGUGAAUGCCACAUAUGUGCCUUCUUUCCUCCUUCAUAUUUGAGGAACACGGUCGUUUAAAAAUACAUUUCUGUAAAUGACAUCGCACAACCUAGAACUAGGGUAACUAUUUUAAACCAUAGCCCAAAGUAAAUUUUCCCCAAAAACAGCUGUUGUUUCUCCGCUCAGACACAGAUAAUGGCAUUAAGUGAACUGUUCAAACUUUAAAUUUCAUCUUAUCAAUUCUUAUUUGAAGACAGGAAUAUUGGCAGCUAACGAAAUAUGCUACAUUCCAGUACAGAACUCUUCUUCUGUAAUGAACCCUCAACGCCAGCCAGAAUGUAUUUUUCAGCACAAUGGCAGUUUGUUAAUUCAUGUAUUUUCACUAUUCUCCACUUUUCAAAAUGUUAUUGAUUAGUAAUAAUUUAUGAUUCUUUUACCCACAAUUUUUGGGCUUCUCCAAUCUGAUACAAAUGUUCUAAGUUGAUUUUGUUGCGUUUUACUUUUUGUUUUGUUGUUAAAUUAAAGUUGUGCCUUUUUAGAAUCAAAAAGAGGAUGCUAUUAUAUAUAUCUGUUUGGUUUAAGCAAAGGGUUUUUACAGUUAAAUUACACUCCAGGCUUUAGACAUAAUACCUCAUUUUUCCUCAGUACAGUGGGUCAUUUAAUGUCUGUCUUGUAUGUUCUGAUGUCUCUCAGGUGAAGAUUUCCCAAUACACUGUCUUGACAAAUUGGUUAUAAAUUAUUUUCUAAAA